UGUCGAGGUUGAAACGAAAUCAACUUUGAGCUCUCCAGUCACCCCAAAAAGGGAGCACUGACAAUUUUUUUUUUUUUUCAGUUUCUCAAUCCGAAGACUGCAGCCUGCGGAGGUCGCAUAUUCAGACGACAUACGUCAUCAAGCCUGGUUUAUUUAAACUGAGCAUUACAUUCGCAAGUCAUAAGCAUUACAACAAUUUACCAUAAACUAAAAAGUCAAGUUUAUAAUUGUUAAUAUUCUGAAAUAAGGCGACCUCCGGAGGCUGCAGCCUUCAGAUUGAGAAACGGCCAACAUCUGUUUUUUUAACUGGCAACGCCUCCAUUUGUGGAAAGGGUACAUAUCUCUUUUUAUAAUUUUUUUCAUAAGUGAUUUAUUCAGCUUAUUAAAUUGACAAAAACAAGAAAAAGUAAUAGGCUUUAAUUUACGACAUACAGUGCGCAUACAUUUAGCCAAUGAGACUGCAGGAACCUUGCAUAGCGAUGACCUUCCAUUCCGGAGUCCGGACCGGUUUCAUCUGGAUUCAACCUCCGUUGUAAACAGACAAAUGUAUCAUAUUGUAAUUUUUGAGACUACAAAUGAGAUCGAAGUUGUUCCCCACAGUUGGGUGAGGGACAAUGUUUGUAUGUGGCCUCCAUACAAAUAUGAAGAUAGAGUAAAAGCCAUAAAAUCAAAUGUGAAGCCAGGAUCUUCCUGGACUCCCUACAAAAUCCGGAUUGUUUUUACUAGAGAAACAUAUGAAGAAGCACGGAAAAAAUUGCCAGAGGCAGAAAUACUUACAGAUCUUACAGAUAUGGACUCGCCUCCACUUCGAAAUAAAAAAAGACGAAUCAAAAAGAUGCGUUUUUUUUGAUGAUAGUGAUACUGAAGAUGAGGGUAGCUACCCACUUCCAGCAGCCCCAGAAGUGCCAGUCAGCCCCAUCAAGGAACCGACCAGCAGAGCAGGGAACUCCUGUCAACCACUUGCCAGAGAGUCAGGAGAGGCUAUAGGUUCGGCCAGCAGAGCAGGGAAUUACUCUCAACCGCUUGCCAGAGAGUCGAGAGAGGCUAUAGGUUCGGCCACCAGAGCAGGGAAUUACUCUCAACCACUUGCCAGAGAGUCGGGAGAGGCUAUAGGUUCGGCCACCAGAGCAGGGAAUUACUCUCAACCACUUGUCAGAGAGUCGGGAGAGGCUAUAGGUUCGACCAGCAGAUCAGGUAUUUACACUCGACCACGUGCCAGAGAGUCGGCAGAGGCCAUGAAUUCGACCAGCAGAGCAGGUAUUUACACUCGACCACUUGCCAGAGAGUCGGCAGAAGCUAUGAACUCAGCUAUCAGUAGAUCAGCAUCAUCCCACAGUGAUUUCAAUGAAGCUGUUAUACGCAAACUUUUGGCAAAUCAGGAAAUCAUCAAGGACCAAAUGGGCACAUUAGUUAAAUUGGUCUAUGAUCUCAAAAAAUUAUCUACUGCAGAGGACAGCCCAACAGUAAAUUCUGACAACUUUCCAAUCAACGGUCACCAACAACUCCAAUAUAUUGAGGGCCAGCUGGAGCAGGAGGACUUCAGGACAGCUGUGAUAAAUACUUUAUCUUUGAGAGGAGGCACCACUGUCAAAGAAAGUGUUUGGAGGAUAAUGAACUUCCUACUAACAAAUGACAUAGCUCGUCAAAUUAACUGGAGGGGUAUCAAUGGGAAGGCGGCCUUUAAGGACACCACUCUAAAAACUGUGAUUAAUGCUGCAGUCAGAAAAAACAAAUUAACUGCAACUGCUACAGACCAAGAAGUAGAGCACUGGACCAAGAGAUGGUUGCAGCUUGCCAAAGACCGAGAUGGUGGUCGUCGGGCAAGAGAGAGGAUUUGAAGCCAUAUGUCACCCUCAAGUUGUUCCAAAUGAAGACAGUUUAUAUAUAUAUAAGUAUGAGAUAUGUUAGUUUUAUCAAUAUUAGUUAGUUAUAUUAAUAUAUAUAUUACAUGUUAAGAUAUGUUCUGGAAGUCUGUUUAUGAUAAAUAUAAUAUAC